AUGGACUGGCGACUUCUCGACUACGCCAAGGAAGCUGAAGAGACCGCAGCAGGCCUUCUCUCGUUUGAAGGAGAAAUUCCGCAAUAUCGCAAGGACAUCAGAAGCCAUAUUGCUGAACUAUUCGCCAUAUCGCACGCUCUGCAUGAAUUGCACGAUGCAUUGCAAUUGUCCCGCUAUGGCAGGUACGCAGGCCACAUCCUGAAGGAUCUAGAGGUUUGCCUUCCAAGCUUGGGCUACACGCUUGACGACGUGCAAGAUAUCUUCAAUAGGUCCAAGAAGAGCAGACACGCUGCACCAGGUGCUUUUCCGGGCACACCACCAUACGCAAUUAUCUGGGAAGAUGCGCUUGCGGAUUUCACCUCACAGGGCAUGUCCCUGCCCAAAAGAUUCGAGACCUUUAGAACGUAUCUACAGGGUAUGCAUGAUGCUUUGAAAGGGGAGGAUGAUGAGGCAGAAUUGGCUAAAUUCAAAGUUCUACUAUCAAGAUUACUCAAGAAGCAAAAGCCAAUGCCGGUCGAAUCCUACUUCAGUAGACUUUCGGUACACGGCAAUGGGAAGGGCGUUGCUAGGACGCCGCAGCCGCCUUCUCCUAAAGUACCCAGACCGAAGAUACACCAACACCCUACGUAUCCGGCGCCUCAGUACGCAUAUCAAGCACCGCAGCUACCACUACCCCAUCGAUCUCAUAUUGCACCGACGUGGGGAGGCAUAGGAGACAUACCGUUCGUCCCACCACCGGUUCCAGAGAUCCCUCAGUCGCCCACAUAUUCGUCUGCAUCAUCACAGGCUUAUUCAAGUCAGUCGACAGACUCUGAGCCGGUCGCUCACUGGGCAAUGAAGAUAUUCGAUGGUCGCCACGGUUCCACUCCUUUCCAAAGCCCUGCAGAGCGCACCAAGUGCUUUGGACGAGACGAGCCCCGAGUAAUUGAGAUGCUAGAUAGCGAUGGCUUUGAGAAGGUCUUGGAAUUACCGUUCGAAGCAACAAAUGUCUGGGUAAGGAUAUACUGGAGAGCUGAUGACAACCGCGCACGAAUACUCUUCCUCACUAUGGAUCCCGACGGACAUCGCCUGAGACACCAGAUCCCAAUCACCGCAUUGGCACUCCGGCGUGCAGGAUCAUCCUUGCGGCUCUGCCGGGUCAACCGUGAAGAUGGUCGACUUGACCUAUGGGCUAGGUUGCGCUUCCCUUUAUAUGAGCGCAUGGUGUUGUUUUACUGCACCGCCAUUGCUAUGAAGCGUCAAGAUCAAACCGGUAUUGCAGAGGGACUGGAAGAUGUUUUCGUGCCCGGGGAGAAGAUUGUGUUUUCUGGUGAGACGACUGAUAACAGGUAUCUCCAUGCCUUCCGCAUCUACUAUGACACAGACUCUGGCUGCGUACGAUUCGAGGCUACUGCUCGCCGUGGGCCGCUAAACACGAUCCCUAUCUGGACUGCAUUCGUUACGCAAUAUGUUGGACGUAGCGACUGGAUGAAGCGCGUUGGUCCCGAUACAAUCCAGUUUGAGAAGCUGCAUCCGUAUGUUUUCAGUGAUGGCUACAGGCUACCCAAAGGCUCUACGGGCAAAUACCGGUUGACCUUUACUUCAUCAGAAGAUGCGAAGCAUUUCAGAGACAGUUUCCAUAGCAUCCGAGUCUGA